AUGGCUGCUUUCCUGGCGAACAAAGAGAGCUUGUCGUCCGCACCUGCCACCUCGGUACCUCCAUCUGCCUCAGAUGAUAAAGCCUCCGCAGUCACUAUUAGCUCGUCAGGCAAAACUAGCCGAUUUGCUCUGGCUCCAUCGCGAAAUGAAGCGUUACACUCAUUCCGAGCUCUAUUCUGUCGACGAUGUUUUAAAUACGACUGUGCCUUGCAUCCCUACCGAUCUACACAGUCUAUGUGGAGCUAUCGUUGGCCCGUCACACAUUCCGCCAACAUUGGUUAG